AUGAUGAUAUGUGAACGGCUUUCCAAGCUGAACCACAAUUCUCUACUCUCCCGAAAGCAGAAAAUGAACAUAAUUCAGGCAUCAGUGUCAUUCAAGGAUGUGACUGUGGAAUUCACCAGGGAAGAGUGGCAUCAGAUGGACUCUGCUCAGAGGACGCUGUACAGAGAUGUGAUGCUGGAGAACUACAGCCACCUCGUCUCAGUGGGGUACUGCUUUACAAAGCCAGAACUGAUCUUCAUGUUGGAACAAGGAGAAGAUCCAUGGUUAUUAGAGAAAGAAUUUAUAUACAGAAGUUCCCCAGAAGAAUCCCAACCUGAUGAACUCUUAGAGGAGAGCCUAGAAAACCAAGGCAAACAUUUGAGGCAAGUUUUAUUCAUCAACAAAUCAUUGACUGUGGAGCAAGAAAUAUCAGGAAAACCAUGUACUCUGGACAUAAACAUUUUUCCUGCAGAAACAAUCCCCUGUAAAUUUGACACUACAGGGUCUACUUACUUGCUUCUUAGCUCACUGGCCCCACACUGUCAGUAUUCAAGAAAGAAGACUUAUGUGCCUAAUGUUUGUGAGAAUUGGCUCCUCAGCAUUAAAGAUGGCAGAACUAAUACUGGAGAGAAUUCUUUGGUUUAUAAUAAAAAUGUGAAAACCUUUGGACAUAAAGACAAAGUUAUCCAGCAUCAGACAAUUCAGACUCUGCAGCAAGCUUUUGAAUAUAAUGAAUGUAGAAAACAUUUUCUUGAAAAGACUGCCCUUGUUAUGUCUAAGAGUACCCACCCAAAAAUGAAACCUUAUAAAUUCAAUAAAUUUGGGGAAAACCAACAUGAGAAAUCAACCUUGAUAGUUUCUCAGAGCAGUCAUCCAGAGGAGAAGAGUCACUAUGAGUUUAAUAAAUAUGAAUGUACUAAAAAUGGAAAUAACUUUAGUAGGAUCACUCAAAAAACUGACAUAGAAGGGAAAUCUUUCAGCCAAAAAUUACACAUUAAAGAACAGGAAAAAUUUUAUAUAGGGGUGAAAUCCUUUAAAUAUGGAAAGAAUUUCAGCCAUAAUUCAACCCUCCCAGUGCAUCAGAGAAUUCACACAAUAGACCAGUCCUCUGACUACGGCAGAUGUACAGAAACAUUGGGUUACCAGUCAACUUGCAAUGUGCAUGAGAAAACUCAAAUAAUGUUGAAACCCUAUGAGUGUAAUGAAUGUGGAAAAUCCUGCACUAAAACUUCAUGCCUGAUUCAGCCUCAGAAAAGUCACGUGGAGGAGAAACCCUUUGAAUGUCCUCAAUGUGGGAAAGCUUUCAGUGAGAAGUCACGUCUAAGAAAGCAUGAGAGAACUCACACAGGAGAGAGACCUUACAAAUGCGAUGGAUGUGAGAAAGCUUUCAGUGCAAAGUCAGGACUAAGAAUACAUCAGAGAACUCACACAGGAGAGAAACCUUUUGAAUGUAAUGAAUGUGGGAAAUCUUUCAACUAUAAAUCAAUCCUCAUAGUACAUCAAAGAACUCACACAGGGGAGAGACCCUUUGAAUGUAAUGAAUGUGGAAAAUCUUUCAGCCAUAUGUCAGGGCUGAGAAAUCAUCGGAGAACUCACACAGGUGAAAGACCAUAUAAGUGUGAUGAAUGUGGGAAGGCUUUCAAACUGAAGUCAGGCCUAAAGAAACAUCAUAGAACUCAUACAGGGGAGAAGCCCUAUAAAUGUAAUCAAUGUGGGAAAGCAUUUGGUCAGAAAUCACAACUCAGAGGACAUCAUAGAAUUCACACAGGGGAAAAACCCUAUACAUGUAAUCAUUGUGGGGAAGCAUUUAGCCAGAAGUCAAACCUCAGAGUACAUCACAGAACUCACACUGGGGAAAGACCCUACAAAUGUGAUGAGUGUGGAAAAACUUUCAGGCAGAAAUCAAAUCUUAGAGGACAUCAGAGAACUCACACUGGGGAGAAACCCUAUGAAUGUAAUGAAUGUGCCAAAUCUUUCAGUGAGAGGUCAAUCCUAAGAAAACAUCAGAGAACUCAUACAGGAGAGAAACCGUAUAAUUGUAAUCACUGUGGUGAAGCUUUCAGCCAGAAAUCAAACCUCAGAGUACAUCAGAGAACUCACACUGGAGAGAAACCCUACAAAUGUGAUCAGUGUGGAAAAACUUUCAGUCAAAAAUCAAGCCUUAGAGAACAUCAGAAAGCCCAUGCAGGGAAAUAA